AUGUCCCUCAAUACUUCAGCUUCCAGUUUCAUCUCAAAGAUCGAGGUCUUCCGCGUGCCUCCACGCUGGCUCUUCGUGCGCAUCGAGACGGCCGACGGGUUCGUUGGCUGGGGAGAAUCCACCCUGGAAGGACACACCGAAGCAAUUGAAGGCGCUUUCGCUGACCUCGCACAACGUUUCCUUGGGUGGGAUGCAGAUGGUAUCGAAGAUAUCUGGCAGACUGCAUACCGCGCCCGGUUUUAUCGUGGUGGACCUGUCUUAAUGUCAGCUCUGUCUGGUCUUGAUAUUGCGCUCUGGGAUAUCAAGGGCAAGAAGCUCGGAGUUCCUGUGUGGCAGCUUCUAGGUGGUAAAGUCAGGGAUCGUGUUCGUGUGUAUGGAUGGAUCGGCGGCGACCAUCCGAGUGCUGUCCGUGAAGCAGCACGUGAGCGCAAAGAGCAAGGAUUCACUGCUGUAAAGAUGAAUGCCACUGAGGCUCUCGCGUGGCUUGACUCCCCCGAGCUCUUAAAAGGGACAGUGGAACGCGUGCGUGAAGUUCGCGCGUUGGGGAUGGAUGUUGGAGUGGACUUUCAUGGACGGGUACACAAGGGUAUGGCUCGCCAGCUCGCCAAGCUUCUUGAGGGCGAGGGUGUCUUGUUCAUCGAGGAACCCCUUCUGCCUACUCAACCUUCGGAAUUUGCGGACCUUGGGCGUCUCGUCUCCACUCCUAUUGCCGCUGGGGAGCGGCUCUACUCGCGACAUGAAUUUCGCCCUUACUUCGAAGGACAUGCACUAGAUGUCGCACAACCGGAUGUGCGUACUCACCUCUUAGCUGAGCUCCAAAGUCCAUUAUUGUGUCUUGUUUUUGCCUAUCUCCUUAUGUUUCAACCGACUGACAAAACGGAUAAGGUCUCCCAUUGCGGUGGAAUAUCGGAGUUGGCACGUAUCGCAUCUAUGGCAGAAACAUACGAUGUCGCGCUUGCCCCUCACUGUCCGCUAGGACCGAUUGCUUUGGCCGCAUGUAUCGCUGUUGGCGUGUCGAAGCUCAAUUAUUUCAUCCAAGAAAUGAGCUGGCAGAUGCAUUAUAACAGCGAUGAUGCAGACCUCUUCACGUAUCUUGCAGAUCCGAGUGUAUUUGCUGUGAAGGACGGGUAUGUCUCAACUCCCAGUGGACCUGGAUUGGGUAUCGUUAUCAAUGAGGAGCUUGUGCGUACUCGUGCCAAGGAACAUAGUCGAGCUGGCGUUGAGGCGUGGCGUAAUCCGAUAUGGAGGGGAGAAGACGGAAGCAUCAGGGAGUGGUAA